UCCCAACGGGCGGGGGGUCGCGGCCUGGUGAGGCUGCGGGCGGCGCGGGGGCUUCGCGGGUCUCCGCCGCCUCGUGCAGCAAAGCGGCGCGCACCUGCGUGGGCUCCCGCGUCGUGCGAGGCGUUUCUCAAUGGAGACGAAAACGCCGGUCAGACGAUACGAAACGCGAAGGAACUCGAGGCUAAAAGAACCAGAAGUCAAAACACGGGUCGAUUGGAGACGGACAAAAAGAAACGUUAUAGUGAUUAACAGCGACGAUGAUGAUGAAGAAGAGCUGUCGUCUCCGGAAGAUGAGUUUUCGUCCCCGUUGGAAGCUGAAAAAAAUGGAGCCAUAGUUGAAAAGAGUAGCCUUGCAGAUCACGAGGAGAAAAGUCCUGAUGACACAGUUAUUACGGAGGAUGCCGAGGACGAACCCAUUGCUCCAGGAAAGCGCAGGCGGUCAAGCACGUCGGUAAUGUAUGACAGCGAUGGGAGUGAUGACAGUGAUAUCCCUGUUAGAAGAGUGUUUGCUAAGCGCAGCUGCAUAAUGGAUGAAGAGAGCUCUCAAGAGCAGCAGCACCCCUGUAGCCCCCUUACGGCAGAAGAUAACUUGCCUAGUAAGGACCAGAAAGUGCUAACAGAACCGAAACAAGUGUCAAAACCGAAUGCCAUCCAGGCAUCUGAUGACAGGGAAUAUUAUGAGGAGUCUAGUGAUGAAGCGGAAAUAGAGGAGUCAUUCUGUAAGUUACCCCUCACACCAACAGAAAGCAGUGAUGAUGACGAGAGUAUGAAAGACUUUAUAGUUGAUGAUGAUGAAGAAGAGGAAUUUACAGAACAUGAUGAAAAUCUGAACCUGCUGCAAGAGACAGAUCUUGCUCCAUUAAAAGGCCACUUAGUGGAGUAUUACAUACCAUGCCUCUCCCGCUGCGACCAUUACGUGCAUUUCCAAAGAGUAGUAAAGGCGUUUCUCAUCAACGCAAUUGAUGACACAUUUUUGUGCUCAUUGUAUGAUGGAACAAGACAAAAGAGGUAUGCACAAGAUAUGUUAACUUCACUUCAUUAUUUGGAUGACCGCUUCAUUCAGCCUCGUCUUGAAAACCUGAUUUCUAGAAGCCGCUGGAAAGAACGAUAUAAGGAGCGAGUGGAUAGUUAUCCUAACGUCCGUAUAAUCAUGAAGUAUCCAGUAAAUAUGUCUUGUCAGGCUUGUGAAAUGCAUCGGUACUGUAAGUUUGAUGUGUUGCUAUCAGGAAAGCUGUACAGCAAUAGGACUUUGGAAACAGAUGACUUCAUGUCACAUGACAAACAGGUUUUGAAGGUUGGUGUGGUGUGUGCAAAUCGUACACGGGUUUAUCAUAAACUCAAACACUUUAAAUACAAGUUGUAUCUGCUCUGCUGUUCUAAAACAGAGCUGGAGGAUGUUGGGGAUGAAUCAGUCAAAGAUACAGUGGAAAGGCUUUUCAGUCAGCUGGAAGAAAGUGGCUGGAUUCAAAAGGAAUAUAACAAAUUUGAAAGCUAUAUGGAUGCUGCAGACUUAUUCCAAGACGAGAAAAUAGACUGAGAAUCCAUACAUCUCAUUUUGAAAGAGGGUUUGUAAAUGGCCAUGAGCAUAAAAUAUCUCCAUGUGAUCUUCAAGCAUUUUCUCUGUAGUUUUAUAUUUUAAAUGUAGCUGUUCCAGUAAAUUGCUGAAGAUAUAAAGGAAUUUGCUACAUUUUCUUUUUAUCUCUAAUUCUCCGUGUUGACUUAACUUGCAUAACAUUUUGCAAACUCAGUCACACUCUGUGCAUAGGUUGAUUGAACUUCCUUUUGUACUUGCAACCCGUCUGAAGAACCUAUGCCCUUGUGAAAGAAAACAUUUCUGCGUUACUGCAUUGUAGAGUCUAUUGCAGUGCUGUGCAUGAGAGAGAGACUUUCUGGAGAAGUACAUAUUUAUCUCUGCAUAAUUGAGAUCAUAUCUUCUUAUCACAUUUCUGUAUAUUUAUGUUAAUUGAGCCAUUAAUGUGGUUACAGUGAGAGAAACAGAGGAAAGAGUGCUUUUGCUUCUGUAUUACACAGAUGAGGUGGGGUGUAUGUGUGUGGUGGGUAAAGGUGAGUGAAUAAUUCCUCAAGGCUUAUCCAGUAACAGAAAUCUGAGAGGGCUGACUUUGGUAGGAGUAUGUACAAAGGCUACUGUGUCUCAUGCCUACUAGCUCUCUAAGCUUCAUGAAACCCAGCUGCAAUUCUUCUCUUUUUGCCUCUUCCAGGAGCUGGGAAAGGCUGAGUGGUCUGUAGUGCUUGGCCCAUUUGAGGUAUAUUUAAUGAAUCAGACUUUGGAAUUUGGGAGUGAAGAGUAUGGGUGCGCAAGAGAAGGCUAAAAGUUGCUCUUCUAUUUGAAUCUGGAUUGAAAGAAACAUUUUGAACUGUCUGUCUAUUGUGCUAUACUUAUGCAUGCCUAUCACCUGGGAAAAUUGGUGACCUGAUGGCUGAUGAAGUUAAUCAUGUUCUGUUAUACCAGUAACGUAAUUCCCCACCAGAAAAUUAAAGACAUGAAGCCAACACAUUAGAAGGUUAAUGGGGUUCUAGUCAAGGAUACCAUCUUCUCCAUGUACCUGAAUUCUCAGUUUAUAUAAAAUCCUUUUGUACAAGUUAUCAAUGUAAAAUGUGUGUCUUCUCUACCUGUACAUUACAGUGACUUUCCCAGAGAACCUGUGGCAAGUGCCUAGAUUCCAGGCACUCCACACUGUCACGACGUCUGAUCCUGCUUGGCAAAUCUGCAAGUUAACUCUUUUUGCAGUUUCAUUUUUCACUGUUCUCAGGGUCCAUAAAAAUCAAUGAAAAGACACUCACUCACUAACUGGAUCAGGCCUACUGGAUUUGGCCUUGAGCAUGUCACCUUUGAGGACACCAAACCCAUUUCUUCUACUCUGAGAGCACCACCUGUGAACCAUGCUACACUUUCAUUUUUUGAGAUAAAAUGGCAGCAUUUUUUCUAGUGUAGCAUUAGUCUUGUGACACAUGGCUUUGAAACAGAUGGGGGUGUUUGUCCCAUAAUGAAGGGUAUCUAGUACGCAUACUCAUUUAAGCUUUGUAUACAAGUGGGGCAUUUUCAGUAAAAAUGAAUAUGCUUUGCACUUUUUACCUUUUUUAAUUGCACAAAAAUGUGUAUUUAAUGCAGAAUGAGUGAACUUUCCUCUUUUAGGUAUAUGUCUGCUAUUGGAUAAAAAUUACAUAAUGGCUGUAAUGAUUGCUUUGAACCUAUUUUUGUAUACAUGUAUAUUUUUCUCCCACAGACUAAAAGAGAAUAACUUUUAAAAGUCUUUCCUUUGUGAAAUUUACAAUUGAGGAAGACUCUGUCCUAUUGAAGCAAAAAAACAAAAUUACUUUUGGUGUGGUGACAGAACUGUAUGGAAAGAUCAGGUGUACUUAAUGCUGAUUCCAAAAUAUACCUGCCCAGAGGAAGACUGACAGCUGGUGGGUAAAAUUCAGAGGCAAACUUUAGUGUAAUUUACACACUUUUUCUGACUCCUCAGCAUCUAGAUUAUGCUAUCUUAAAUUCUCACUGACCUUCAGACCUGCAAAUUCCAAAUGCGUGUUGCUUUGGAAUUUGGCUCUAACCAAGGAUAAGCAAAACUAGGCAUUGUAGCUGCAGUAGCCUAAGCAUUCCUUGCUAUAGGCCCACAGAGUAGUGACACAUAUUUUUCUUCAUACAGCAGUCUUUAAGCCAGUGAGUCUCAAUCUUUUUAGACUCAAGGCACCCCUUGGAAAAAGCCAGCUCUUAGUUUCACUAAUUUUUUGACCACCAAAAAAUAAUUCUGUUGCAAAGAACUCAGGCCACAGCAGAUCAGAGUGUUUUUAACACCAUGAAUUCCUGUUUGAAAUCUCUGUUUAUCGUGGGAAUCAUUUGCACACCUGAGCACUAACACUGCAUAGAGAUUUCAAGGCAUCCCAGAGUGCUGUGGCACCCUGAUUGAAACUAACUGGUUUAGUGGUGAUGGAGAUAAGAGAGGGCUUUGUCCAGUUUGGAAAAAAGCCUAGAAUCAGAAAUUCCCUGUUGGAGAUGCACUUAAAUGGGUAAGUUUCCCUAGUGAAAUGUUGCUAUUUGGAAGAGAGGGACCUAGUGGGAACUGGGUGGAUAGGUGACUUUACAGAAGUGGUAUUUCAGAGUCCCAUGUGCAUUUUCUCCAAGGGGUGUAAUAUGGGGUCAUCUAAACCCAGCACUCUUUCCUGCCUAUGCAGGGGGUCAGACUCGAUCUAUUGAGGUCCCUUCCGACCCUAACAUCUAUGAAUCGAUGGGCAUUACAGUUUUGCUUGGGGCAGCUUCCUGCCCACUUUAUCUCUGCGGCAAAGGAGGAUUCUCACAGAGGCUUAAACAUUGUCUGAAAUAGAUAAGUUGUGUUACUUUCUCUAGAUGAGGGGAUUUAUAAUGCUUUUAAAAUGCUUUCUAUAUUUUUGUGGUCAUAUUUUAAUUAAAUUGAUUACUACUGAAAAUAAAAUGUGUGUAACAAUAAAAAAAUAAAUAUAAGACAA